UGUUUGUUUCCGAAAGAUUAUUUUCAAUAUAACAUUUCAGAAGUUCUAAAAUUAGCAGGGUGUUGUUUUUUUCUUAUGGAGGAUUUAUAAUUACUGGCUACUGUUAGGGGUUUUUGCAAGAUUGUGCCACAUGUGAGCAUUCAGAAAAAUUCAGGAGCACCUUAUUUUUAAUAAUGUCUAUAUCACGAGUUGUUAUUGAAGUUGUAGAAUUAUGUCUAUAUAGUUGCAUAACAUUUAAGUUGUUACAUGUUGAUGGAUUUCCCUGUGAGUGUAAUCUUACACUUCUAAUAAAUUCUGACCAUAACAAAUACAGUAAAUGAAAAGGCUAAAUUAUGACAUUCCUAUUAUCAAAUAUAAACUCUGUCAAGAGGAAAUUAAUAUAAUGCAAAUAUAUUUCCAUGGUUGAAUCAGCAAAAGACUGCAUAAGCAUCUGCAGGAGCAGUUUUGUGGGUGGAAAGAUUGAAUAGCUGUCCAUAGGUGCUGUUAUAGCAGUGGAAUCCCUUUGCUCAAUAUUCUCCUGUCCAAUGAGGUGGAAUGUUUCAAAGGCACAUGGUUUAUGCUGCUCAAAAUAACUUGGGACCUGCAAACUGACAAAUGCUAUUGCUCCGGUGGUGACAGGUUAUCCGGCUUCUUACAGCCAUCCUCACUAUAACUAAGGUUAACUCCUUUCAUCUAUGGACUCCUAGUUGUUUCUGUUCCUAAGGACCUAAAGAAUUCCUGUGUUUUUAUAACUUUAAUUUAAUACUUCUGGAUAAUUGCAUCGCUGCUGAGUGCCAGAGUUGGACAUCAACAUCUGGAGGAAUUGAAAAAGUCCAGAGAGCUGCUGAGAAGGCAAAAACAACUCAAAAUCAGGCAUGCAAGACAACAGUUUAGAAUCUUCCACUUCAAUAUCUCAACUUCUGAGAGAGAGUUAUUUAGCUGAAACCAGACAUCCAGGGAACACUGAAAGAAGUAGAUCAGAAGCAUCUCCCCAUACUUUCCAUUAUGGCAGUACUUCUGGGGCUUCAGAGGAAGUAGCUGGCCAAGAUGACCUUCCAGAUCUCUCUGCCUUUUUGAGCCAAGAAGAAUUAGAUGAAAGUGUAAAUCUGGCAAGACAAGCAAUUGAUCAAGAUCCACUUGAAAAACAGGACGAGCAACAGACACAUGUACAUUAUAGCUCUGAUCAAGUGAAAAACUGCGGAAAAACAGUUUCAAACAAACAAGUGGCCCAGUCCACAGUUUUGCCAACUUCAGACAAUAGUCUCCACUCAAACUUUUGCCUGGAUCAUGUCACAGAAACAAAAGGUUCCAAAGAGAGCACUCAGGAUCUAAAGAAACAACAGUUUGGUUCUGAAGCAGAAUCCAAAAAGGAAUUCCUAAACAAGGCAGCAGAUUUUAUUGAGGAGCUUUCUUCACUUUUCAAAGCACAUAAUUCUAAAAGAAUAAGACCUAAAACAUGCAAAAACUACAGGAGCAAACUUGAAUCUAAAAAUAAGGCUGCUCAAGAAGGUAGCCCUAGUUUCCCAAAGCUGUCAGAAAAGAGAGAACGACCUUCUAUUCCAGUACCUCAAGACUUGGAUAAUAAAGCAGAGCAUAUACUUGAAAAAACAAAUGAUCUACAGGAGGCAAACUUGGAAGCUAUAAAUCAAUUAGAAAGUACAGAAUUAACAACAGAGACAGCACCCACAUCUUUAUAUUUUGAGGAGCCUCUCGGACAGCCACCACACUUUACACAAAAACUAAAAAGCAGAGAAGUUCCUGAAGGAACCAAAGUGCAGUUGGACUGCAUUGUGAUAGGAAUUCCAGCACCUGAAGUCAGGUGGUACUGUGAAGGAAAGGAGCUUGAAAACUCACCAGACAUUCACAUUAUCCAGUCAGGAGAUCUGCACUCAUUGAUUAUAGUUGAAGCUUUUGAAGAAGACACCGGACGUUAUUCUUGCUUUGCUUCAAACAUCUAUGGGACAGACUCAACUUCUGCAGAGAUAUACAUAGAAGGUGCCUCCUCUUCUGAAUCUGAAGGUGAAAUUAGCACAGAAGAAAUGGAUCAAGUCCAGAAACCAACUGACAUCUCUUUGAAUGCACCAUCUCCUGCUACUAACACUACAACCACUCAUCAAGAGACACCAAAGGUGCCAUCUACUGUGGGUCAGCCAGUUUAUCAGAGUCAAAGCCCCACUAAUUAUUUGCAAGGAUUGGAUGGAAGACCCUUAAUAGCUGCUCCUGUGUUUACAAAGAUGCUACAGGAUAUUUCAGCUUCUGAGGGUCAGCUGGUUGUCUUUGAGUGCAGGGUGAAAGGAGCUCCUUCUCCAAAGGUUGAAUGGUACAGAGAAGGGACAUUAAUACAAGAUUCUCCGGAUUUUAGAAUAUUACAAAAAAAACCUCGAUCUAUGACUGAGCCAGAGGAGAUUUGCACUUUGGUAAUUGCUGAGGUGUUUUCAGAAGACUCUGGGAGUUUCACAUGUACUGCAAGCAAUAAAUAUGGCACUGUCUCUAGCAUCGCUUGUCUAAUUGUUAAAGGGCCUGAGGACCAUAGCAAUACUGCUGCCCUUCAUACAAUGAGCUCAAUCAACUUAAUUGCUGCUGAACAACAUCCUACCCGACUCAUCCCUUCACUUCCAGUGGUGGAUCAGCCCCCAAAACCUAAAUUAGAAGGGGUCCUUGUGAACCAUAAUGAACCCAGGUCAAGUUCUAAGAUAGGCCUCCGGGUGCACUUUAAACUGCCCGAAGAUGAUAAAGGAAGUGAAACAUCAUCAGAAGAUGGAGGAGUAUCUGCAAACCAGGUUAGACCACACUACUUCCAGGAGAGGAUUAAUGGACAGACAAUGAAAAUACCAGAGCCAACUUCACCUACAAAAGAGCCCCCUCCAGUACUGGCCAAACCAAAACUAGAUCCCACCCAGUUACAACAGCUCCACAACCAGGUCUUACUUGAACAGCAGCAUCUACAGCAGCCAUCUCCCCCAUCUCCAAGAGAACUGCCAUUCAACACAGGUAUAUUGAACUCCGCUACUUCAUUCAACCAGCAGUCUACAUCAACUAUAUACAAGCAGGCCAAAGUCUCUCCUUCACAGACAUUCAGCUAUACCCGACCGAAACAGUUCCUUGUGUCCCAGAACACCACACCACCUAUCAACUCCCCUUCCAGCUCCCCAGUGCCUACAUUCAGCAGCGUGCCUCAAGGAACCCAAAGAACAAUGAACAAGGAAAAUUUCGUAGGAUCUCCUCCACCAAUCCAGACAAGGUCUCCGGGAGGGUUUACAAGCCAAAGUGAGCAGCCUCUAGCAAGUCCCAAAGAAUCAGUGUUGCCUCCACUAUUGCUUUCUAUAUCUAGCCUGAACCAAUUUCAGCCCCACAGCGUACUUCCUACUCCUGUCUCUCCAAUCAGCCGGAUUCAGAACCCAGUAGCCUUUCUCAGUUCUGUUCUUCCUUCACUUCCUUCUGUACCACCAACCAAUGCUAUGGGUCUGCCUAGAAGCGCACCAGCUGCAGCAUCCCAUGGACUAAUGAAGAAAAAUCUAAAGCCCCUGCACUUAGCAACGGAUGAUUAUAUUCACAACAAUAAAGUUGCAGUUGUAAGGGACCUGCAGAGAAAAAUGCAUUUCAAAGAGGAUGUCCGUCGACAUAGUAGUCAGCAGAGAACAACAUAUGAUGAAAAACUGACCCACAGACUUCAGGGACCAAGCAAUGAUUCCCCAGUCUUCAACUAUACAACUCAAGAUGUAUCCAAGGAAUACAAGAUUUCAAGCUUUGAACAGAGGUUGAUGAAUGAAAUAGAGUUUCGCCUGGAACGCACCCCAGUGGAUGAAUCAGAUGAUGAAAUCCAACAUGAUGAAAUACCUACAGGCAAGUGCAUAGCACCCAUCUUUGACAAGAGACUCAAGCAUUUUCGGGUCAUGGAAGGAUCUCCUGUUACAUUCACCUGCAAAAUUGUUGGAAUACCCAUACCCAAAGUAUAUUGGUUCAAGGAUGGCAAGCAGAUUUCAAAGAAAAAUGAACAUUGCAAAAUGAAGAGAGAGGGAGAUGGAACAUGUUCUCUACACAUUGAAGCUACUACUAAUGAUGAUGAUGGAAACUAUACAAUAAUGGCUGCAAAUCCUCAAGGGAGAAUCAGUUGUUCUGGCCACUUGAUGGUUCAGACUGUUCCCAUGCGUGGCCGAUUAACAACUACUCAGUCGCAUAGAGCAAGGUCCCGUGUGCAAGAAGGAGAUAAAGAACCACUACAAGACCGCUUUUUCCGGCCAUAUUUUCUGCAGGCACCUGGAGACAUGGUAGCUCAUGAGGGGCGACUUUGUAGACUGGACUGUAAGGUGAGUGGGUUACCAACUCCAGACCUGAUGUGGCUUCUGAAUGGCAAACCUGUAUUACCAGAUAGCACUCACAAGAUGUUGGUCAGAGAGACUGGUGUUCACUCUUUGCUUAUUGAUCCUCUCACACAAAAUGAUGCUGGAACUUAUACUUGCAUUGCAACCAACAAAACAGGACAAAAUUCAUUUAGCCUGGAGUUCAGUGUUGUAGCAAAGGAAGUCAAAAAAGCCCCAGCAUUCCUGGAGAAGUUACAGAAUUGUGGCGUGCCUGAAGGGCACCCAGUCAGAUUAGAAGGCAGAGUGAUUGGAAUGCCACCACCAAUAUUCUACUGGAAGAAAGACAAUGAAACCAUCCCUGCAAACAGAGAAAGGAUGAGCAUGCAUCAAGACACAACAGGAUACGUAUGCCUUUUGAUUCAACCUGCCAAGAAAGUAGAUGCUGGUUGGUACACUCUGUCUGCGAAAAAUGAAGCUGGUAUUGUUUCAUGCACUGCUAGACUUGAUAUAUAUGCCCAAUGGCACCAACAGAUUCCACUACCAAUAAAGUUUCGACCUAGUGGUGGCCGGUAUGCAAACCUCACUGGUCAAGGACUCGACAUUUUUUCUGCCUUUUCAGCUGUUGAAAAUCCAAAGUUGUUUUCAUCCUCAUCACAGAGCGUGGUGGAAAGUGAAGAACUUUAAAAACCUACAGUUCCAAUUAUACCUGCAGAAAUAUUAGAACUAUGGGGGGGGGGGAAAAAGAGAAAAGGUACAAACCAAGAGACUCAAGGUUUACAAGCAACUUGCUUUUAGUAAGUGUUGUGCUGCUGGAACUGCUGCAAGUUACAUUUUGUACAAGAUGUCUGCCUUGUAUUUUACUCCAGUAUGAUUAUGGUAUAGAGUGUAGCGCAAAAAGUUCAGUACUAUGUCUUUUUCUGAGAAUCUCAGAGUGAAGAGACAGUUUUAGCACUUAAAAAAAAAUCAAACACCACCACUUUUUAAUGCUUCAGUUAAAGCUCCUGUAACAAGCAAAGUUAAUGAUUUGUGGUGUUUAACUGUAUACUGCCAACGAAAGGACUGACACUGUGAUAGAGAGUAAAGAAUGUGACUUUGAAUAUAAUCCUAAAAGGAUUUGCAUAAGGAAAAGAAAAGAAGUUGGAACAUAAUUUUUGUAUGUGAUCAUAGUAGAUAAGACUAUAUAAACAUAGCAUUUCAUGGAGGUACAGCUAUAUACAGUAUAUAUUUAUAUUUGUGUGUGUGUGUGUGUGUGUGUGUGUGUGUACAAACCAUGCCGUGUGUAUUCAUGGUGUUUUGAAACAUACAGUAAAAUAUAAGGCAUGUGCUUAGGACAUUAACACAUGAAACUAAACAUCCUAUAUUGUAUGAAGCACAUACUGUAGAGAUCACAGCUGAAACUACUGUAUAUUUCCAUGUAUGCUUCAUAUUCGUUCCUUUUCAGUUUUAGUGACUCCCUGAUUUUAAACACAGAGUCCUGUUCUUGUAACUUCAUGGUUUUUAAAUUCAAGUCUCUUUCCACAUGAGUUUUUGACAUGCCUAGACAAAAAAAAGCACAUCAUAGGCUCAUUUGAUAAACUGACUAAAGACGAACUGUGGCCUGGUGCAAUUAAAACUUCUUUCGGGAUCAUUUAGGAAACUUAAUCACGGUAGAGUUCCUACUAUUAAAACAGGGGAAAAUGCAUCUGUAACAUGCAAAGAAGGUUAUAAUGUUUAAGAAACACAGUGGUUAGUAUAAACAACUAAAGUAAGUAUUGUACCCUGAUAAAUAGUAGGUAAACCAGGGAAUGCUAUAGAGGGCUCUAACGAAGGAUGUUUAAUAACAUUGCUAAACAAACACUUUUAGUAUAUUUCUCUUUUACAUAAUUUUAUUGACAACCUUCUGACCCCAAUGGUUAGAGGUUAGGAAUGUAUAUGAUGAUUUCCUGCACAUGAUUUGGACUUUACUUUCAGCAGUUCUAACUCACUACUUUAAACUUGAUCAGGGACAGCCAUGGGGUCCUAACUAGAAUCAUACAGGGGCUUAAAUAUCACAUUUACAGAUGCUGUAAUUUUAGGUCUUAUUUGGCUUGCUUUGCAAUUCAGUGCUUUUUCACAGUUUAUAUUUUUUUAAAGUGUAAUUUCUCCUUGCUUUAAUCUGUUUCUUUCUUUCUCUGAAAAUUUAAAUUACCAUUGAAAAUAAAGUGUGCCUACAUUAGAAGUGUACAUGCACUAAAUAUGAAAAUAUAAAGGCAUAAGAGUUAAUGGCCCACUGGUUAUAUUAAGACACUGGGAAGGAGAUACACAGUGUUUCACUGUCAGGUCACUUUCAAAUCUAACCUAUGUGUUACUAUCUGAGAGCCAUCUAGGGUUCGGAUCAAGUGAAUAUGUGGUGAUGCUGUAUUUCCUAGUAAUGUUUCUAAAAAGAAAAUAAUUGGAUUUUGUAAUUUAAAUUAAUGCAGUUUAUGGGUUUCUUUUUUAAGAAAGGCCAAAUUCUGCGCCUAUCUACAACUCUGAAACCUCCCACUAUUUCAGCGGUGUAACUAAAAAGCAGAUUUUGAUCCAACAUAAUAAAAUUCUACAGCAAUUAUAGCACUUUAUUUAUAUAUAUAUAUAUAUAUAAAAAUCAAGCUAUAGUGCACUGCCAGAAACUUUACUGAAUAUUUUUAGGCUUGACAGAAUUUGAUUUUUUUUUUUUAUGAUUUCAAUGGAUGACAAUGUAUAGUUAAGCAUUUAAAAAAAUUGUAUUCAUUUAAAUUUCCACAGUUGCACAAAAUUAUGAGUUUUAAGCAUUUAUAUCAAUGUAAAUGUUCACAGUUGCAGAACAUUAGGGUGAGGGGGCUCGGACAAUAAUUGCUUAAUGACAGUACACGUUAAGUUUAAAAAAGUUGAAGCUUUUGAAACAAACUCUCAACAUAUACAAAGUAUCUCAAGCAGCAUUUUUUUUUAACCUUUGACUUAUGUAAACUUCAAUUAUCAAUGGAAAUAUUUUUUUGCCAGUCUGUGUAUGGUGAAAUCAAUAUCUAUUGAUAAAAAUCUAACCCUUUCAAGCCUAAAUAUAUAGACUAAGUUAUUAAAUAAUAUAAACUAAGAAACUAAAUCGGUACAAACUUUUCAGGUUUAGAAGAAAUGAAUGAAUCCUCCUUUAUUAGGUAGUAGGUCCAAGAACAAUCAUGUUAUCUGCAUUCUAUGCAUAGUUUGAAAGACAAGAAAAGCAGUAUAUUAAACUUGUUAGUACAUAUAAAUAUCAUACCAUAAGGAUAUUUUAUUAUAGGUUCUAAUAUUAUACUUACUAGUAUUACUGACAGCAGUAAAUGUUCUCACAGCUUUACAAAUUCAGAGAAAGGUGUGAUCCCCAUCCCAAAGAACUUACAAUGUAAAUUAAACACACAAAGAACACAGACCAAACAUGUGGCCUGAAUCUCUUAUCCCUUAUGCCAGUUUUACACCAAUGUAAUUCCAUUGACUUCACUGUAAUCUCACUUGAUUUACAUCACCACAAAUGAGAGGUGAUUCACACCCAUGACUAGGGUGACCAGGCAGCAAGUGUGAAAAAUCAGGACCGGGGUGGGAGGGCAAUAGAAGCCUAUAUAAGAAAAAGCCCCAAAAAUCGGGACUGUCCCUGUAAAAUCAGGACACCGGUCACCCUACCCAUGACAGGUAGGCUGAAGGUCAAAUGGUGCAAUGUUUUCCAAAACAUAGCCUCUGUUAUUUUGCAAUGGGGAAGAGAGGCAGGUAUUAUUGAAAGACUUGCUGGAAGAAGUAUUGUAAAGGAGGGAGAUGAAUCAAGGGUUGAUCCUUGGUCAUUCAAGAAGAGGUUCCUAAUACCUCCCAUUGUGAGAGGUUAAGCCAAACUGGGUCCCCAAAAUCUGGUAGUCGAAUACUGGUAGCUGACAACACUGUCUUUCACUGUUAUUAACUAACUAAGGGUCAUGAUCUCAUUCACACCAGCAUACAUUGAACACUGAAGUCAAUGGAGAUACUUCAAUGUACGUGAAAUAAAUGAGAUCAGAAUCCAAUCCUAAACUUGCAGAAGUCUCUGUAGAUCAAAUUAUGUUGCCCAUAAUCCAACUAAUUUCCUAUUCAUUUAAAUGGGAAUUUUGCUACGUGAAAGACGACAAAAUUUUGUUGAGUAUAAGUAACUUGUAUCAAAAAAGAUAUUGAGAUCUUUAGCAAAUAGAUUAAUUCUUAAGAAACACGAAAUUAAUUUCCAGUAUUGUUAAUAACCUACAGAAUCCUUCUGUUCUGCAUACACUAAGCCCAAUAUGGGAAUAUAAAAAAGAAGUUUAGGUGCAAAGAUAUUAAUGCUAAUAGAUCUGACUUUGCUCAUCAUAAUGAAACCUUUGUAGAGAAAGGCAUAAGACAUCAUGUGUGUUGGUGACUAUUGAAAAAGAUGAGGAAAACCUGUAAGUAGAUUUAUGUAUGCAGCAGAGGGCAACAGUGAAUUAUCACAUAACUUGUGUGAUGUCCAUUUGAGAAGUUAAUAUGUGAAGAAUGGCUCUAUGUAAUGAUAUGGUAUCAAAAAGCAUUAGAGAUUCUGUGAUUGUGCUUUCUUCCUGAACAGUUUGCUUAGCGUUUCAUUGUUUUGUUUUAUUUUAUUUAAUGAACAGUAACUAAUUUGACCUUGCACAAAAAAGGCAUCCUGUUGUCUUAUUCAGUUGAGGCCAUAACAAAAUAUCCAUGCCAGAAUCCAUGAAGUCAGUAAGUUAUCAUCUAAAUGUCCAUCAUCUAAGUAGAAUUUUGCACCAAUUAAAUGUAGUGACUCUAAAAUUAUAUAUGUUAAAUAAUUUAAUAUUUCCAAAUUCACAUAUUUGUAGCUUUAUAAGGCUGAAAAGGAACCAGAAGGCAAAUAGUUUCACACAUGUUAACACACAGGCUCAGGGUAUUUCAGAGGGUAGUUCAAGUGGCAGUAUUUUUGUUCAAAAUUCUAAAAGCACAAGUAUUGCAUCUUUGCUUUGAAAAUAGUAAAUAUGUAAAACCUGUAGAUCCAAUUCACAGCAGCCUUGCUCAGGCUAAGGAGAACUGGACUGGGCCUUCUUGUAGCAGAAAGCAAGGACUAAAGACAGACAGUUUUUGAAUGCAUGAUUGUGCAAGUGUGGAGGGCAAAAUAGGACACAUACUUCGGAAAAUGUGAGCCAACAUGUGCAGUCUUUUCCUGAAUAUGUAAAUAGUUGCUACUUGCAACUGUUAAUAGUAAUAGAAAUACUGCAAAAAAAAAAAAAAAAAAAAAAAAAAAACCUCAAUUCUGCUAUUAAUGCCAGAAGCAUUAAAAUAGUCUCUGAAAAGUGACCUCUGAUACCCACUAAAAAUGGUACCUGAGCAAAUAUACAAAAGAAAAGCUAAUGAAAUACUUUAAUCUGUUAAAUUAAUACUGAACAAGGGAUUCAUUGUUAAUUGCCUUAUUAAUUCCAAUAGGAAAAUGUUCACUUUGAGCUUUAAAAUAUUUUACUUUUUUCUUGAUUUAAACGGAUUUUGUAUUUUUAUUAUUAUUAUUAUUUUGGUCUAAUGAUUCAAAGUCAUAUUCAAUAGGAAGAAAGAGUUAACAUAGAGGUUUCAAAAUAGAUUUUAAAUGCACAUAAAAAAAAAAGCCCGACUGUUCAAUAAUGCAUUGUCCCUCACCCCAUUUAAAUAAAUGCUUCAGAGUUGCAUAUCAAAGUGUGUGUCUUUGACGUGUUUUCAGAGAAAUUAAUUGUUGGAAAAAGUGUGUAGCAGGACCACAAGUCUCCUCCUGGCUAGUUUUUGAGAGCCGAUGAUGUCAGUGGAGGCUCCACACACAGAAUAACUGUAGGAUUAGGCCCUAAAUCAUUUGGAAGAAAACCCUAAAAUACUAUUUUUAUAUUAUAUAAUAUUAAAAUACUAAAAAAUAUUAGACAAGGGUUUAUUAGCCAUACUUCUAGCAAGCAGAAGUUUUGUGAAGUACAGCAGUGGUCUUUUUAAGAAAUAAGUGCAUUGGACACAUUUCAACUGGGAGUGAAUCUUUUUGCUAAAUUUGCCUUUGUUUUAAUUUGUGCUCUUGUUCUGUAGGUGUAAUUCUCAUCCCCUCCACCAAAGUCUAAAUAAAUGGGCUUCUGCACUGGGGACCAGUGCACGGAUAGACAGAGGAUGGAAUCUAUCCUCACCAGAGGCUCACUCUGCAAGGUGCUAAGCACUCUUGCCCCCAUCAAGCCAAGCAGUUAAGCAUAUGCAUAAUAUCAGGCACUUGAGUACUAACAUGAAAAAUCAAAUCAAUGGGACUAUUUGCAUGCUUAAAUUCAAACACAUGCUUAAGUGCUUGGCUAAAUCACCACUAGAGUGUUCAGCACCUUGCAGGAUCAAGCCUCAAGCCAGAGCCACUCAGUCAGCCUAUGGCCACCCAGGAACUGUACUAGCUGCUGAAGUCCAUUGUGCCUCAGAAGGUUUAGGACUGGACAAUCCAUGAAAUCAGUGGAUCUGCUAGCCAUGCUAAUCCUCUACCCUGCAGACAACUCCCCCCAGAACUCCCAUGAGUGAACCAUUGUAGAGUUUGGCUCAAGGACAUGCAGGAGACUCCAUAAGCUCCCUCUACAGACUUUCAGUGCAGAGGGGAAUUUUGGACCUGCCAAGCCUUUCGCAGACAAGAGCAUUUCUCCCUCAAUCUGGUAGUGAGCAUAGAGAAAUGGAAUGAGUUAAUCAAAUAUACAAUCCACAUGAUACUGAUGGUUUUACAGCAUUUUGCUCUUCCCCAGGUGGCUUUUUACUGUGAUUGGUUCGACACACUUUUGUGAAGGGGCCUAUUAGCAGACUUCGCAGGAACUUUGAAAUACAUUGCAAGUUUAAAGCCACCAGUGAGGGAAGUUUGAUGCUACAGAUAUGGGUGUAAAUUAAGAACAUGGAUAUGCCCCAGUACAUUUGCUAAUCCUGAUUUUGCUCUUAUUUUUCCAUAUUUCUCAAUUACUGCAUGGCCUGAAUUCAAUCAAUCAGUCUCUGCCUGUUAGUUGAGAAGCAAUAUUCUUAGCGCUACAUUAGUAGUUCAGGUUUCAGAGUAGCAGCCGUGUUAGUCUGUAUCCACAAAAAGAACAGGAGUACUUGUGGCACCUUAGAGACUAACAAAUUUAUUAGAGCAUAAGCUUUCGUGGACUACAGCCCACUUCUUCGGAUGCAUAUAGAGUGGAAUAAAUAUUGAGGAGAUAUACAUACACACGAGCAAAGUGGGUCCCCUAGGUCUUCUCAUUUCUGCUGGGGUACUAGCCAGCUGCAUAAGCUACUGUGAAAUAACAUACUUGCCCCUUGAAUCCAUCACAGCGCCACUUAUUGUAUAUCACAUACUCAAAUCUUGGGCCACAUUGCACCAUCAGUUUAAGCAGAGUUCUCCAUUAAAAUCAAUGGGGAGUUCUGCUCAGAAACUGAUGGCACAGUAUGGUCCCUUUAUUAGGAUGGUGACGCAGCUUUCUAAAUGUUAGUCGGUAAAAUCUGGAAAAAUACUGAAAUCACCAUUCUGAAAUGCUGAAAAUAUGACUAUGGACUGUAGAGCCUGGCUGACUGUUGGAAACCAAUUCAGAGUCUGAUCAGGCCCUUCUUAAUCCUUGAAGUAAAGCAUGUAGUCACUUUGAGAAAUUUCUGUAUGAAUUAACAUACAUUUUGCAUGCUAGUUUUCUGUACGAUUUAAGACUAAACUACAAGAUUGGAGAAACAUUUGUGUACACAGUCUAUCAUUUAUAAGAUGCCAUUUGGUAAAAAAAAAAA